UGGAUUCGAGCACGAGUGUGACUGUGAAUAACCUGGAAUUUUAGCGGUGGGUUUUGGCGGAAGAAAUGGGAAGUCAGCGGCCUUUGCCUAGAUCACUGGAAGGAAGGGAAGAAGUGUUGCUUUUGCCCCUUUCCUUCCUGGUUUUUCUUUUUUAAUAAUUAGCUGGAGAAGGAAGAACUGUCAACUGAGGAAGCUGAUUGGGCUUCUAUAUAUCUCUCUCCCUCUCUCACACACACACAGACUCAAUUUGGUUGUCUAGUGGGAGGGUGGGGAACGAGAACAUUCGGGAAAGGCAGAUGGCGAUGACCGAUGAAGUGUUGUGACUUUCAAAGGCAUCGGAAGAAACGAACUACUUAUCUAGGAGACAAGGUGGUCAUCCCUCAAAAUCAAGAACAGAGAGGAGGAAGAAGACGGAGAAGGAGAGAGAAAAAGGGAGAAGGAACCGAGCAUCUGAUGUGGGGGUCAUUGCCAAGUUUUCCUGUUGGUAAAAGUGCAUCAGUAAGUAAAAUAUCGUGAUCCAGAUUCGAAUGGAAAUAUAAAUUACUUUAUCACUGAUUUGAAAGUUGAAGCCUGUAUGACCUGAGGUCUUUAAUCAGAAAAGUUAGUAAUGGAACUAACUGAUAAUACUGUUUCUGAGAAUCCACAUCAAAGAAUGCUUGACGAGAAGUGGCCACUCCCCCCCAUGGAUCCUAAAAGAGCCAGAUUUCCGUGCUGCAUAGUCUGGACUCCUCUUCCUAUAGUCUCUUGGUUGGCUCCUUUUAUUGGACAUGUCGGUAUAGCGAAAGAGGAUGGGACCAUAUUGGACUUUGCAGGUUCCAAUUUUGUUAAUGUGGACAAUUUUGCAUUUGGUGCAGUGGCAAGGUACAUCCAACUUGAUAGAGAAAAGUGUUGCUUCCCACCUCACUUGGCUGCGCAUACAUGCAAAAACAACUAUGAGCAUGCGGAGUAUGGGACAGCCCUUACAUGGGAUGAUGCGUUGCGCUCAAGUACACAAAAUUUCCAGCACAAAUCCUACAACCUCUUCACGUGUAACUGCCAUUCUUUUGUGGCCAACUGUCUCAACCGCUUCUCAUAUGGGGGAACCAUGCGAUGGAACAUUGUCAAUUUGGCAGUCCUCAUCUUGUUCAAGGGCAAGUGGGUCAACCAUGGUGCAGUUGUCCGGUCCUUUCUGCCCUUUAUUGUGGUGCUCUGUGCGGGGAUUAUAGUGGCUGGCUGGCCAACUGUGAUUGGUUUGGCAUCUUUCUCUCUUCUUCUCAUUGGUUGGUUUGUUUUUGUUAGCUACUUCGCCAAGAAUUUGAUUGAAGUAUAGGCAUUGCGUCAUUGUAGGCUAGAUGAGAUUCAUACUCUCUUUGGCUCUCGUUGCAUGUUAGUGUGAUCAUCCAGAUGUCCAAAUGAGAAAUCGGCAAGUUUGUUUCAAUAUUUUACAAGUCAGGACUCCAAUUUAUAUUGCUGUAAAUUUUGUCUUUAUCUUCGAUAUCCUUGUUCGAAGACAGUUUCAGGCUAAAAUUCGUGGAUGCACUUGUGCAACUUCUUAUUUACCUGUUCAUGUCUGUCACAUGGACCACGGCUCAGAUUUUCAUGUCUGUCAACCACGGUAGGAUUUACAUGCUGAGUGGUACAUAUUUGAUCUAAGGCUAAUGUAACUUUUAUCUGCAUUGAAAAAUAGUUAGGGGUACAAACUCCAUUAAGGCUAAUGAAAUCAAUCUCUCUCUCUC